GAAUCGAAUGUCUACAAGUAGUGGUGAGCACUCUUUUGAUGUAAAGGAGCUAUUGGAGAUUAGGGCAAGAUGUAAAGAGCUUAGGAAAGAAAAGGAUACGCUGAGGGGUUCACAAGGUCAGAGUGUUGAACUGAUCAGAAAAAUAGAACAGCAUGUGCAGACAUUAUCUGAGGCCCGAGAAGAAGACAAAUAUCACACCCAGAAGCUGAAAAGUGAGCUGGAGAACUGUUCCCAAGAGAUAGAUUACCUGCAGGAUCAGCUGAAUUUGAGGAAUGAAGAGAUGGAUUCUCUGAGUAAGUGUGUAUGCAGCCUUCAAUUGAAACUUGCAAACCUUGAAAACAUGGAAGAAGAGGUUACAAGGUUAAGGGAAGAGUUGGAAACGUCAAAUGCUGAACGCUUAUAUUUGUUGCAGCAGUUGGAAAACAAAGAGUUGGAGAUAGAGGGUUCAGCUUUGUGCAUUGAGAAACUAGAGGAGUCAGUAGCAUCCGUAGGUCUAGAGCAUCAAUUCGAAAUAGAGAGUAUGAAGCUUGAUUUGAAAGCCAUGGAGCAGAAUUAUUUCAAAGCAAAGAAAUCCCAGGAUGAAACGGCUCAAGAUAGUGCUAUGAUGAACGAGCUUAUUCAUGACCUCCAACUUCAAAUUUAUGAUGCAGAGAAAGUUAUCGAAAGUUUAGAAAAGGAAAAUGUAAAUCUUAGGGAACAACUCCAGACGUCUGAAUUGAAUGCCAGAACAUUUUCUGAAAAAGUAGAGGAGCUAUUUCGUGGUUUGAUACCGAACAAUGAUGACAGCUCCUCAAGUAAAGAAGAUGACAGUGCUUCUAGCUGCUGUGGUGACAUUUUGGGUCCACUCCUUAUCAAACUGGCUUCUCUAGGGCUAUCAGAUGUGGACUUGACUGACAAGAUGAAGAAAAUGGCAGGUCAAAUAAAGAAUUAUGAAUCACUUGUAAAGCAGCUUAAGGAAAAGCUGAGAAUGGAAAAGCUAAAAGCCAAAGAAGAAUCAGAGGAUUUAGCUCAAGAAAUGGCUGAGCUGCGCUAUCAGAUGACUGGGUUGCUGGAAGAAGAACGCAAACGUCGUGCAUGUGUUGAACAAUUAUCUUUACAAAGAAUAGCUGAGUUAGAAGCACAGGUUGAAAAAGAAAGGAUGAAAUCCUUUACUGAACAAGAUCAAAGUAAAUCUAUCACUGUUUUCAGACAUGUCAGUGAAUCAUAAAGACGGGUCAAAUAUUGUAAUUUGGAGCAAAUCUGCUGGUGGAGCGUGUGUUUCAGAUGGAAUGAAGACUGCUAAUGCUUGAUGAAUCAAUGUUGGUUUUCAUGUUCUAGAGACUUGUUAGUUCCAGAUGAAGUGCUGGGUUAUCGGGACUGCACAGUUUAGUUGGAUUAUGAUGCUUUUACAUACAAACUCAUGCUGUACAGAUUUAUAUUUUUCUUGCUCAACCAUGGAAGUAUUCAUGGAAGUAUUAUUUAUUUGAGCUUUUGGUUGAAGUUAUUGGGUGUUCGAGUCCAUUGUGGACAGUUUGUAAUCAGUGUUGUCCCGGAAGG